AUGUACGGAGGAGGAGGAGGAGGAGGAGGAGGGUCCGACGAGUCGGAGAUCAACGAAGAAAGCAGCGAACGCUCACGAUUUAAUCACGAAAUUAUCCAACGGUUACGAUACGUACUGUGGAGUGUGGGGACAGAGGUGCACAGUUGUCCGGUGGGCAAAAACAGAGGAUCGCUGAAUGAAGCGACGAGUGCAUUGGACAGCCAGUCGGAGCGCGUGGUGCAAGACGCGCUAGAGCGAGUGAUGGUCGGGAGGACGAGCGUUGCGAUCACAGAGGGAAUGUAG